AUGGAGGCGUCAUUGCUCAUGAGAUCGUCUUGUUGUUCCCCUGCGAUUGGGUUCCUCGACCAUCGACGCUUAUUAUCCACCUCCACACCCAUUUCCACUCUUCUCUCACCUCCGUGUUCCAAAUCUUCCUUCUCUGUUCGUUGCUCUUUUCCGCCUUCAAAGCCACGCUCCGGAACCAGCUCCGUUCAGGCCAUUAUGACUCUCGCCGGAUCGUUGACAGGAAAGAGACGAGUGGAUGAGAGCGAGAGCUUGACACUGGAAGGUAUCCGAAACUCUUUGAUCCGUCAAGAGGACAGCAUUAUAUUUGGCUUGUUGGAGAGAGCCAAGUACUGUUACAAUGCUGAUACCUAUGAUCCCACUGCUUUUGACAUGGAUGGUUUCCACGGCUCUUUGGUUGAGUACAUGGUCAAAGGCACUGAGACUCUUCACGCUAAGGUUGGUAGGUUCAAGAGCCCUGAUGAACAUCCCUUCUUCCCUGACGAUCUUCCAGAGCCUAUGUUGCCGCCUCUGCAGUACCCAAAGGUUUUGCAUUUUGCUGCUGAUUCGAUAAACAUAAACAAGAAGAUAUGGAACAUGUACUUCAGGGACCUUGUCCCAAGACUAGUCAAGAAAGGCGAUGAUGGUAAUUACGGAUCUACAGCUGUCUGUGACGCUAUCUGCCUUCAGUCUCUCUCAAAGAGGAUCCAUUACGGUAAAUUUGUUGCAGAGGCCAAAUUCCAAGCCUCACCUGAGGCAUACGAGUCCGCCAUCAAAGCACAAGAUAAGGAGGCACUGAUGGAUAUGCUGACAUUCCCGACGGUGGAGGAGGCGAUAAAGAAGAGAGUGGAGAUGAAAACCAGAACAUACGGGCAAGAAGUGAAAGUGGGAAUGGAGGAGAAAGAAGUAGGAGAGCGGAAUGGGUCUCAGGUUUACAAAAUCAGCCCGAUCUUGGUGGGGGACUUGUAUGGAGAUUGGAUCAUGCCUUUGACAAAAGAGGUUCAAGUGGCCUACUUGCUCAGAAGACUAGACUGA